AUGCAGGGCACUUUUAAAAGGUUUUACCAUCCCACGCUUACGCGGAUGUCCUUCUUGGAUAAAUUCCUCAAGCCUAUGAUGGCAACGGCUUCCCCAAAGGAAUACCAGAUCAAACAACUGGUCAAGCCAAUAGGCUUAACACAAGCACCAAGGAAAAGCACCAAAUACUCCCAGGGGAACUCUUUGAGGGAUAUGUUUGAUUCGGAAAAGACAAACCACAGAGUUAAAGAGUUGGCCGUUGAAUUCAGCAAAUCUGGACUUUAUGACGUGCAAGUCUUCCAAAAGACAAAGGGGAAAUUGUUUAUAGCUCCAGUUUCAUAUUGGAAAGAAGAUAAAGCUUUGUUUUUUCCUCAUUUGAUAGGAACGGCAAUGGAUGGUACGAAACAACAGAAUAUCGAGGAUAUGUUAAGGGGUAAAACCAGUAUAGUGAGGUUAUUUAGUACAGCAUCUGGCGAUAAGUUGAGUAGUUCAUACUUCCAAGGAAUCGUAGACGAUAACAAAAAAACUGACUACUUGACUGAAGCUGAUGCGCGUUUAAGUUUAAAUGACAGUAACGUCCAAAUCAUCGAGGUCAAUCUUGUAGAAAACGCUGUGAAAAGUGCUCUAGUGAAAACGCUUGCUCGUUGGGCCAAUCGCGUUCCAUCCUGGCGCCAGCCAUUUUAUUUCGAAUGUUCUAGAGGCCAAUGGCCAUUUUCCGUCAGGGAAGAGCUCUUUUGCAAUAAUGUCUUUUCUGGAUACGUCUUUCUUGUGGACCAGCAGUUAAAAAUUAGGUGGGCAGCUUGCGGGGAGGCUACUCCAUCUGAAAAGGAAGCAUUGUGGAAGUUUGCCAAACGUCUGUGA